AUGCAGCAAAUAAAUGAUGGAAGCAGCAAGAAACGAACUCUUCUUGCAAACAAAAUUGGAGCCAUCUUGUCCACUGCCUCAUCACGAUGCAUGCCUUUCGGAGGGGAAGAUGAUCGCGAUGCUGCAUCGAACCAGACUCAAAAAUGCAUUGCGCUGCCAUGCCAGCGACCGGGCCCCAUCGUGGUCGCCUCCGCCCACCUCGCCAGGAAGUGGAAGACCAGUUUGAAGAAGGUGAAGCUCAGGCUCAAGACGAAGACGAAAUCAGCCAACAAAGAGCCUCCCGAGGAGCUCUGCAAGAAGAGGAUACUCAUGGGAGAAAAGUGCAGAGCCUUGAAUCUAUCAGGUGUUCUUCACUAUGAUAAUCAAGGAAUACUCCUACCUGAAGCUGAAGAUUGA